AUGCUCGCGUACCGUGGAUUGAGGUUACAGCUUAUUUUGCGGCUGUAUGCCACAUGGCCUGCCAUGCACCAUAUGGGGGUCCAAACCACAAACCCUAAACCGCGCGCACGACCACACCACCGCUCUUUAGCGAAUAAGGAGCUCCUGAGCUUGGGCGCCGCCACGGCCACCUUUUUAGAGGCUCUGCCCCAGCGAGUGGUGUGGAUUGUCUCAGCGGAUCUGGCGCACACACGCCUGGCUUCGGGCCCCUACGGUUUCUGUCCCUGCGCGCAGCCCUUCGACAACGCUGUCCUUCGCUGGGCCAAGGAUGUUCCCUCACAGAGCGCCGCGGAGGCUUUGCUGCAGGAGGCCCGCCGGUGGCAGCGCGAGGGAGCUGCGUCCUGCGGCUUCACUGGGCUGGUGGCGGCCCAGGGCGCUAUGGCCCAGCUCUCGGCCAAUGGGACAGCAGUGCCCUGGGCUGGCGAGGUGCUUGCCUAUGGCCAUCCCACCUACUAUGGGAUGAUGGUGGCCAAGUUUGAGCGGGAGCCGGCAGGGGCUUUGAUGGUUUAG